UAUUCUGAUAUUUCAUGGCGUCUUUGAAGAGGAAAUCGAUAGAAGAAGAUUCUGUGGAGUCUAUGCAUCCGCAGAAGCAACAGAAGGAGAACGGUAUAAUCAGUUUAGACGAGCCGAUAGCAUGUGUGCACGACGUGUCUUACCCUGAGGGUUUUGUUCCAUCCUCAAGUUUCGCUUCUCGAGAAGAAAUAAAGCCUGCAAAGGAAUUCCCCUUCAAGCUUGACGCUUUUCAGUCUGAAGCAAUUAGGUGCCUUGAUAAUGGGGAAUCUGUCAUGGUGUCUGCACAUACAUCAGCAGGAAAAACUGUUGUUGCAUUAUAUGCCGUUGCUAUGUCUUUACGAGACAAGCAACGGGUUAUCUACACCUCGCCAAUCAAGGCACUCAGCAACCAAAAAUAUAGGGAAUUCAAAGAAGAGUUCGCGGAUGUUGGUUUGAUGACUGGGGAUGUAACCAUUGAGCCCAAUGCUUCUUGUUUGGUCAUGACCACGGAAAUUUGGCGGAGUAUGCAAUAUAAAGGGUCUGAGAUUAUGCGGGAGGUGGCUUGGAUUAUCUUUGAUGAGGUGCAUUACAUGCGUGACAGAGAGAGAGGAGUGGUAUGGGAGGAGAGUAUUGUUAUGGCCCCAAGGAAUUCUCAUUUUGUAUUCCUCUCAGCAACUGUGCCAAAUGCCAAGGAGUUUGCAGAUUGGGUGGCUAAGGUCCACCAACAACCAUGUCAUAUUGUUUAUACGGAUUACCGGCCAACGCCGCUUCAGCAUUACAUUUUUCCUGCUGGAGGUCAUGGACUAUACUUGGUGGUGGAUGAGAAGGGAAAAUUCCGUGAGGAUAGCUUUCAGAAGGCUCUUAAUGCACUUGCUUCCACUGCUGAAGGGGACAAAAAAAGGGAGAAUGGCAAGUGGCAUAAGGGUUUAUUGACAGGUAGAGCUGGUGAAGAAAGUGACAUCUUCAAGUUGGUGAAAAUGAUAAUUCAGCGUCAGUAUGAUCCAGUGAUUCUCUUUACCUUUAGCAAAAGGGAAUGUGAAUUUCUAGCAAUGCAGAUGGCAAAAAUGGAUCUGAAUGGAGAUGAUGAAAAAGAGAACAUAGAAAGAAUAUUUUGGAGUGCUAUGGACAUGCUUUCAGAUGACGACAAGAAGCUGCCCCAGGUUUCAAAUAUGUUACCCCUGUUGAAGCGUGGAAUUGGAGUGCACCACUCUGGCUUGCUUCCCAUCUUAAAGGAAGUGAUUGAGAUACUCUUUCAAGAAGGUUUUAUCAAGUGCUUAUUUGCCACAGAGACAUUCAGCAUAGGUUUGAACAUGCCAGCAAAAACUGUUGUGUUUACAAACGUACGUAAAUUUGAUGGGGAUAAGUUUAGAUGGGUAUCCAGUGGAGAGUACAUACAGAUGAGUGGUCGUGCUGGCCGUCGAGGUAUUGAUGAGCGUGGGAUAUGCAUCCUCAUGGUGGAUGAGAAGCUGGAGCCAUCUACAGCUAAAAUGAUGCUGAAAGGAAGUGCUGAUUGUUUGAACAGUGCCUUCCAUCUAAGCUACAACAUGCUUUUGAAUCAAAUGCGGUGCGAGGAUGGUGAUUCAGAAAAUUUGCUCAGAAAUUCGUUCUAUCAGUUUCAAUCUGACCGUGCCAUUCCUGAUCUUGAGAAACAAGCAAAGGACCUUGAAGUGGAGAGAGAUUCAAUUGAAAUUGACGAAGAGGAGAGUUUGAAGGAUUACUACAAUCUCUUACAGCAGUACAAAAGUUUGAAGAAGGAUGUACGUGAUAUUGUGUGCUCACCGAGGUACUGUUUACCCUUUUUACAGCCAGGAAGACUUGUGCGCAUCCAUUGCUCAAUUAGUGAUGACAAAACUCCAUCUGUCUCCCCUGAGGAGCAGGUUACUUGGGGAGUGAUAAUCAAUUUUGAACGGGUAAAGGACAUUUCUGAAGAUGAUGUGAAUAGAAAGCCUGAGGAUGCAAAUUACAAAGUGGAGGUUCUUGCUAGAUGCAUGGUGAAUAAAGAGGGAGUAUCAAAAAAGUCUAUUAGGAUUGUUCCAUUGAAGGAUUCCGGGGAGCCAAUUGUCAUUUCCAUACCCCUUGCUCAGAUUGAUAGUUUUAGUAGUGUCCGCCUUAUCAUCCCGAAGGAUCUUUUGCCAUUGCAAGCUCGAGAAAAUACUCUGAAGAAGAUCUCGGAAGUGCUUUCCAGAUUUGCUAAAGAGGGAAUGCCCUUCCUAGAUCCUGAAGAAGACAUGAAGGUUCCAAGUAACUCAUACAAGAAGGCUGUGUGCCGGAUUGAGGCUUUAGAGCACCUGUUUGAAAAGCAUGAAGUUGCAAAGGCUCCACUUAUUGAGCAAAAGCUCAAAGUCUUACACAUGAAGCAGGAAUUAACAGCCAAAAUCAGGUCAAUAAGGAAAGCUAUGCGGUCGUCCACAGUCUUGGCUUUUAAAGAUGAACUCAAGGCUCGCAAACGAGUUCUUCGGAGGCUUGGAUACAUUACAACUGAUGAUGUUGUGGAGUUGAAGGGGAAAGUUGCUUGUGAGAUAAGUAGUGCAGAUGAGCUCACACUGACAGAACUCAUGUUCAAUGGGGUGUUGAAGGACAUAAAUGUGGAAGAGAUGGUUUCUCUUCUCUCUUGUUUGGUGUGGCAGGAGAAGCUUCAAGAUGCCCAGAAGCCCCGGGAAGAACUCGAUUUGCUUUUUACUCAAUUACAAGAGACCGCAAGGAGGGUUGCCAAGGUUCAGCUUGAGUGCAAGGUCCAAAUUGAUGUCGAGAAUUUCGUAAAUUCUUUCCAGCCCGACAUUAUGGAGGCUGUUUAUGCUUGGGCAAAAGGUUCGAAGUUCUACGAGAUUAUGGAAAUCUCACAGGUCUUUGAGGGUAGCCUGAUCAGGGCCAUCAGGAGGUUGGAGGAAGUCCUGCAGCAACUCAUACAAGCUGCAAAAUCCAUUGGAGAAACUGAGCUUGAAUUAAAAUUUGGAGAGGCUGUCUCAAAGAUUAAGAGGGACAUUGUAUUUGCAGCUUCUCUGUAUUUGUAGAUUUGGGAUGAGGGCUUGAAGUGAAUUGAAAGAAAAAGAUUUAUCCAUGAUAGCAAUCCAUUCUAAUCUGUCCAAUGUGUAUUUUCAAUUUGUGGUAAGUUAUUCCUAGGUAGCAAGCUAAGAAGAUGUUGAUUAUAUAGUUCAUACCAUACAUAAUGGGAAUGCAAUUCAUUGGCUCCUGUAA